UUCCAACACAAACAAAAGAUGAAGCUUGUUUCCACAGUCUUGCUAUUCUGCUCCAUCCUUUUCGUAGUCGCUGCCGACAUUAUCAAGCCACAUCCAUAUCAAGUCUGGCGUGCUGGUACUACACAAACUGUUCAGAUUGAAGGCGACUUCCAUGAAGAGGACACCAUAGCCAUCUUUUUCAAUGAAGAUCGCGAUGCCUUGUUGGCUGGAGGCCCUGCCUCCCAGAAGGUGUUUGAAGUUUACGUUCCAUGGGAAGCCAAAUCACCAGCUGGAAAGUACUCAGAACUUGUGGUUGUCCACCGUUACCAAUACUACCUAAAUAAUGUUGAGACGGUCUGGGUCAACGUUACCACUCAUUGAUAAUGUAAAUCCCUGACAUUUAUCUUAUAUAUACUACAUCACUAGCUAGUUGGCCUAUCUGAGGCUCACAUGUAAUUAUCACACCCCAACUGUAAACAUUUUUUACUAC